AUGUCGACGCAACAUCCGCCAACCUAUCAACAAGUUACCGGCAGCCCAUCAAGCGAACAACACGCAGCCAGCGGCCAGGAAACGCUGGUCCUCGAUGGACGCACCAUCAUUUCGGCACAGGAGCCGUUUCAUGUUCUCUAUGAACUGAACACGUCCCCAUGCGACGCAAUAACAAGGGCUUGCGACCUUCACAAGGUCCGAUACCAGCUGUCCAGAGCUGACGGCGAAGGCCAAGUGAGAAAUCGCCUGGACCACAUUUACAGCUUCAAGGAAAAGUCGACCUUUUCGCUCCGCGACCUCCGCAAGCACGUCUUGAUUGAGGGCAAAACUAGCCAGAAGCGAACCUACAAAGAAACACUUCUCAGCAGCGGAACCACCGGGUGGACGAGCUGCACUGCCGACAGACACUUCACGGCCAGAAUACCCAUCACCGACCGGUUGAAAAGCUCCAGUCAAAUCGUGUGGAAGAGCCCGGAUGGCACGACGGCGGCCCUCGAGGCACGACCCAAGAGACGCGCCGAUGGGAGCUUGACUGGACUGGCUCAGCUGAACGUCGAGGCGCCGCUCAAGGCAAAGGACUUGGAUCUGCUCGUUGCGUGUUGGAUGGCGAGGUUGUGGCGAGAGUCCAAGGCCAGGCUGGACGAGCAACUGCCGUCACACAAGUGUGAGUCUCUCUGCUCUUUGUGCCGAGUGACCGUUCCCAGUAAAGUAGUAACUGGCAUCGUUGCCAUCACUCUCGCCGUGUCGUUCACCAUCGUAUACGUCACGUUGCCAACAACACGCACAUUCUACUCCCGGGCAGCAAACGCGCGUCUCAAAAUGGCUGCAGAAGCAAAUCCCCUCGACCGAUUAACCAUCAGCCUCAACCAGACGAGGACCUCCCCUCCCACCGUGCGCGUCACAGUCACCAAUGAAAAUGACGGUCCCGUUACCAUCAUCUUGUACAACUCGCCGCUGGAUUCUAUCGCCUUGGUCCUCGGUAUAAUGAGCAUCACUCCCGACGGCGCGGCAGAGCCACUGGAAUUACGGAUCAUGCGGGCGUCGAGGGUCUGGCCGCCAGGUCCUUAUUCGCUGGAGGGAUUGGGACCCGGGGCCAGCGCAACGAACGACUUGGUGCUCAGGGAGCCGACAGUCCCCAUGGACAAGCUGGGGAAGAAGGCGACCGUGUUCCUCCAAGGAAGAUGGAUGGGUGUGUUUGCGAGGGCCGAGGACAAGAUUUCAAGGGAUGAUUUGGAGAACAUUGCUUCUCAGCCUGAUGCGUUUCAGGGCGAAUUCAAGAGUAAGAGCAUCGAGAUUAUGACUGGCUAA